AAUUAUUAAAAUAAAAUCCGAAUCGAAUAUUUAUAAUGGGAAAUACCAAUUGAUGCCUGGAAUCUUCCAUUACGGUUACAGGCUUGCAGCUCAUUUUAGCUCCAUAACAGUACAGAAACGAAUUUCACCUUUAUUUUCAAUCACUAAACCAACAAAUUUCGUUGUUUUUCAUUUUUAUUGUUUUUAUUUUAUAUUUCUUGCAAGAAACUGCAUAACUUCUGAUUUCGUCAACCCCGGUUGGCUUGCUGGGGGAGGAAAUAGUUCAGAAUUUGAGUUCAAGAUCCUUCUCAACCUUUUGAGUCGGUACAAGGUCAAUUCAUUGUGGUAUUUCUAUCUGAUGAGAAGAUGGAAAAGAAGCAGCAGCAUAUCGCAAUAUUUACUACUGCAAGUCUUCCUUGGUUAACUGGAACUUCCGUCAACCCUCUUUUCAGAGCUGCAUAUCUGGCAAAAGAUGAGGGGAGAAAGGUCACCUUGGUGAUUCCUUGGCUGUCUCUCAAGGAUCAAAAACAUGUGUAUCCUGACAAUAUUACAUAUGAUUCGCCUGCAGAACAAGAGAAAUAUGUUCGCCAGUGGCUUGAAGGCAGGACUGGAUUCACAUCACUUCUUAAUAUACGUUUUUAUCCAGGCAAGUUCUCUCUAGAAAAAAGGAGCAUUCUUGCGUUAGGGGAUAUUACAGAAGUCAUUCCAGAUGAAGAGGCUGAUAUAGCAGUUCUUGAGGAGCCUGAGCAUCUUACAUGGUAUCAUCAUGGGAAGAGAUGGAAAAAAAAAUUCCGCCUAGUUAUUGGAGUUGUUCAUACCAAUUACUUGGAAUAUGUGAAGAGAGAGAAGAAUUCCUUUGAAGCAUUUCUCGUGAAACAAAUUAAUAAUUGGGUUGUUGGCAUAUACUGUCACAGGGUGAUCAGGUUAUCUGCUGCCACCCAGGAAUUACCUCAAUCUAUCAUCUGUAAUGUCCAUGGGGUCAACCCAAAGUUCCUUGAAAUUGGCAAGAAAAAGAAAGAACAACUGCAGAAUGGAGACAAGGCCUUCACCAAGGGUGCCUACUACAUUGGGAAGAUGGUUUGGAAUAAAGGCUACAAGGAGCUUCUGAAACUUCUCCGUGAUCAUCAGAAAGAAUUAGCUGGUCUUGAGGUUGACUUAUAUGGUAAUGGAGAGGAUUCAGCUGCAGUUCAAGAAAGUGCCAGGAAGCUAGAGUUAGCAGUUAGGGUUCACCCUGGUCGUGAUCAUGCUGAUCCUUUGUUUCAUGACCACAAGGUAUUCUUGAAUCCAAGCACAACAGACGUGGUCUGCACAACCACAGCUGAAGCUUUAGCAAUGGGCAAAACAGUUGUCUGUGCCAAUCAUCCUUCGAAUGACUUCUUCAAACAGUUCCCAAACUGCAAAACAUAUGAUAAUCCUAAAGGAUUUGUCGAAGCUACAAACAAAGCAUUAAAUGAUGAGCCUUCUCCAUUAACUGACGAGCAACUACAUGAGCUUUCUUGGGAGGCUGCAACAGAGCGGUUUCUAAAAGCUGCAAAUCUGGAUGCUGUGCCGACAAAAAAGCUGAAAAAGACACCUUCAAAACUAUACAUGUCCACAUCUUUCAAUUUGCGGAAGAACCUUGAGGAUGCAUCAGCAAUGAUGCACUUUCUGGGAACUGGAUUUCUAAAUGAAAAACCGGAUGAAGAGCAACGUAAAGAGCUUGGCUUGGCUUCACCUCCAAAAAAACACGCAACUUAUCCUGGGAAAUGGGGCUUCUGAUGAAGAAUGCAAUUAAACUGCGGUGUUUGGACAUCAUGCAAAAUCAUCACUGGGGUCUCAACUUGCUUAUUCCAAUGGAAAUAAUACUGAUGUUGUUUUGAGAUGCAUGUAUUAUGGUGUUUUCUGUUGCAACCACAGAACGGCAUAACAACGCGGACAAUCAAACAGCACAGUAAAAUUUUCCGAUAAAAGGAUUUUGAGAACUUCUGUGAAGUGUGCCUAUUGGUACAAUGUGACAUUCUUCUCUUCCUUUCUUUAAUCUUCACCCAAGUCUUAGCAGGCUUUGGUGACCCAUGUGAAAAAGUGUUAGCUCUUGUCUCUUUUUCCAUGUACAGUGAUGACUCGUGCUAGUAAUGAAUUGAGCAUCUUAUGUUUGUUGGAAUUUUGCAUACUUUUGGGUGGUCUUGUUGUUCUAAUCCUAUAAACAUGAAUCGUUGUAUUCAAGAAACAUUUUCGCUGUC